CGGGCGUCUUUUAUGACAAUUUCUUCAAAAAGCCCCCGAUAAUAGCUGCACUUUUAAAAGAAACAAGCGGUCAUAAACUACCCACCAGAAGAACAACCACUCUUUAUUAAGUGGGGAAAGCCUCUGUAUUUCGCUGCCCACAGAAACGUAAGCAGUACCGAAGAACUAUAAGGUAAGUAUUACCGACUCUCAGGAAGCAAUUCUGAAAUCAAAACGCGUUGCAUUUUCUGAUUAUACUGCGGCCUUUGUCCUUAAGCUUUUUUGUUUGAUGUGGCGAAUUUCUAAACAGUGAUAGUGUCUUUAAAUUGGUAAUGUAAAGUAGGCUGAUAAUUGGAAGGUUGGAUUCGCUGGAAAUGAGUCAAAGACUCGUUGACGCAGUGCACAGACUGCAAACUCCUCCAACUAGGUUACCCUCAACAGACCUAAGCCAACUGUGGCCAGUAAGACAGAAAUUAAGCCAGCUAAAUCGGCUCAAAAUAUGUCAUUUUCUCACACAAAUUACAAGAGUGAACAAAUUUACACAGUUACCUACAACUAUAUUUUUCAUGAAAACGUUAGUAAUGUAAAUCCUUUCUCAGUUGUGCGUCAUUUCAACCUGACAAGACUAGUUUGGGUCAAAGCUAAUAAAUUAUUUCUUUUCGAUUUUGCAACUGUUAUGUUGCAGCAGGAACGGUGUUGGGUUUCAAAAAAAUGGGGAUAAUUUCAUCCCUUUUUUUAAAUCAGUUUUACCAAGACCUAACAACGCCAAAUGCCGCAAAUACAUUUUCAAACAUAUCAAACCCAGGAAAUUAGCCUAUAAAAAUAGGUGAAUCUGAUUAAGCGGACUAAUGAAUUUUCAAACAACACUAUAUAGUCCGUAUGUUUCUUUGAAAUGAAGCACCGCAGACAUAUUCUUGAAGAAUCAGGAAAACCACGACGCGGAUGUCCACAAAUUAACAGAAUCUAUUUAAACCAGAAAUAAAUGCAAAAAUAAAUUCGAAUGCCUAGCUUGUAUGCUGAUAUGCUAUUUAUACAAGAACGCAAACCAUCACUGAACGCGCAAUCGGACUCGACUCAUGUUAAUCUUUUCCAUUAAGAAAUCUACAUAAUAAUGAAGCAUGCACAAAUGCAAUCUAAUUUAUUUAAACUUCAACCCUUAAACAACUUUGAAACUUAACAUUUCUUAUUCUCGAUAAUGAUGUUAGAAAUUAUCGAAAAGGCGAGUAACGUUUUUAAGUAUAAUUUUUCUUUUUAAAUGCUUCAACAAGCAACUGACUAACAAGAAUGUCACCGGAAUAAAGUAGCAUGAGUUUAUAUGUCACUUAAAGUUGUCAGAAUAAUUAAUUUUCUUAAGCGUCAGGUGUAUAUCAAAUGAUAAGUUACACCCCGUGCACCACAGACUGCUGACAAACUGGGAAAGCCUUAAAGGGGAGGAAACAAAUGGGUCACGGAAUCGAAAUUUGGCAUUAAAUGCCAAAUGCGAAAAUACUGUGAGUGAUAUAGAAUUAAAUAUUAUGGACUGCAAUAAUUACUAAAAAAGACUCAAAUGUUUUUUUUUAUAUUCUUUUUCCUCUCUUAUACUUUUAAUUUUUUUACAUAACACAGUAAUUUUUUUGACGUAUUGGAAGUUUUUGUGCUUGACUAACCCUUUUUUUAAUUGGCAGUAGUAUACAGUUUUAAGGUGGCCUGGACCUAUUUAUAUGCCCAUUGGUUAUGUUUUUGAAUCGCUUUUUUCGGCAGGAAUGAUUUAACCGAUUCCUAUGAUUUUUGGCAUCCUUAAUAAAAAAUGGUGCAACUUUAGGAUAGAAAUCGGUUAAAUUUAUUUUCUUGUAGGUAUAAAAACGCUUGAGAUAUCGGCAUAUGUUUAAAACCGUAUUUUUGCAAAAAGUGUCAAUAACUUCGAAACACUACCUAACGACAGAUUUUUCUUUAACUUCAGCAAAUAAGUCUCAGAGCUCUCCACUUUUAUACCUGUAAGUUAGAAGUCAAUCGUGACCGUAGAACUCACUGUACAAAAUGCUGGUCAACUGAAAUUCGACCUCAAAAUGCAACGCUAACAAAUUUAUUUUGUGAAAGUUGACGAACAAAUAAGGGAAAAGUAUCGAAGGAUUAUCUCCUAUCUGCAAGGAUAUUCUUGCCCAAAGCUAAAUUGCAAGAAACCUACGGCGUAUACAGUUCGCAAUACAAGAAGAACUACUUUAUGCUGAAUGCGGCGCAAGAUUAAAGAACUUCUAUUUAUCAAAAGUUACUGUGUUUUUGCAGUUCUCUUUUCGAAAAAAAUCUUAACAAAGCAAAAUAUAGCAUUUACAGAAAUCACCUACCAGUUUUUAGCACCGAAAGGUUCCCGUCUUGAGGAGAAAUAAAGCCACCAACUUCAGUACUUCAACCAAUCCAUUUUCAGCUGCAACGAAAACCCUUGUAACUGGUAAUUUAUUCAAGCUUGAAUGUUAGAUUUGCCAUCACAUUCGCACGGGCAUUUGCCAUUUUUCAUAUUUUUCUUCAUUUUCAUCCCCAAGUGGCAAGUUUCCAAGUUAUUCAUGGAAUUUUUUUUGUAAAAAUGCGGUCUAAAAUAUUGCCUAUAUAUCAAACGUUUUUUUACCCACAGGAAAAUAAAUGACAUUUUCUUAAAGUUGAAUUAUUCUUUAUUAAGGAUGCAAAAAUCAUAAAAAUCGGUUAAAUCACUCUUGCCAAAAAACGCGAUUUAAAAACAUAACCAACGUGCAUAAAAGUAGGCUCGGGCCACCUUAAGUCAGGCCGAGGGCUUAACAUGUCGAACAACAGACGUUAGGAUGGCCCGCUUACUCAACUUAAUUGGACCCAUCAUUUAAAAUCUCCUUAUGCUGGCCAACUUUCUUUAUCAUUCAAGUGAUAAACUAACUCUUUGCACCAACUUCUAUCGUUUGUAGGAUUUUGAAAAGUAAGUGACAUCCUUUUCCAGAAUCAAGUGGGGAUUCAUUGUCCAUCUGAAUGGCAAUGAGGCACCUAGUCCACAUCGAAUUACUUUUUCUGUUAAGCCAUAUAUUCAACAGGGUGAUUUCAGAACAUUGCAAAAAAGGUGAGGAAUCCAUUUAUGGUUGGAAGUUACAAGGACACAUUUACAAGACUAUGAUGGCAAACUUCGGAUAUGAGUGCUUACUUACCUGUCGUCAAGACAAAAGAUGUCAGAGUUUCAACUGGGUGAUCUCCCUUGACAUGUGUGAGUUCAGUAACAGAACCAAAGAAGCCAGACCUGAGGACUUUGUACCAGACCCAGACAGAUAUUAUUAUAGAAGAGACGUGAAUAGAGGUAAAAUGAACUAACAGGUUGGUAAUUAUAGAAUUAUGUUUUACAGAGUUACUGUAUCUCUUCUUGGACUAUGUACUCUUAUACAGCGAAAUAUAUCCUUUAUUAGGGACCUUAAACUACACCGUUUCUGCCUAUGAGUUCGGAUAGGGGCACAUGUUUGUUUGGAAACAUGGAAUCAUGUAUUGCUGAUAUCAGUCAAUGGAUGCAUUCGGAUAAAUUAAAACUGAAUUCGGAUAAGACAGAAUGUCUUAAGCUUCUGAUUGGAACGAGACAACAACUUCAGAAAGUCAGUAACAUCAGUACCUUAUCGGUCGGCGACUCCCAAAUUGCUCCAUCUUGUGAAGUUCGUAACCUGGGAACCUGGAUUGAUUCGUAAAAUGAGUAUGCUAAGUCAAUUAUCAAUAGAACUUGCUCAUCCGCUUUCUAUUAUCUUUAUAGUAUGCGUUAAGAAUCGCAAUCAGUCACCGAAUCAUUAGUUCAUGCUUUUAUAACCAGUAGAUCAGAUUAUUGUAACAGUCUACUAUAUGAGCCUCCCGAAUUCAUAUAUCAUGAAACUCCAACGGAUACAGAAUGCCGCGGCUCGGUUGGUCAGUGGAACACCAAGAUUCUGCCAUGUUACACCAUUGCUUUUCCACCUUCAUUGGCUUCCGAUAAGUUACCGUAUAAAGUUUAAGAUUCUACUUUUGACUUUUAAGUGCUUAUAUGGUCAAGCUCCUAAUUAUUUAAUUGAUUAAUUACUAUCAAAAAGAACUCCAGGUACUCUCUAAGGUCAAGAGUCUAUAUUCCUCGAGUUGCCUGGCAUUAAGACCCAUCCAACUCUUGGCGAUCGUGCACUGUUCCAGUCAGCUGCACCUUAGUUUAUCUCUGGAAUGCGUUACCUUCGGCAAUUCGCAACAUAAAGACAUUGGACACUUUUAAGACUGCUGUUAAAACUCAUUUUUUAAAUUUAGCUUUUAAAUAGAUUUGAUUGUUGGCUUUUACUGUAUUUUUUUUAUAGUUUUUAAUAGCUUUUAUUGUAGUUUUUAAUAGUUUCUUAAAACGCUUUAGUCACCUUUAAAAUAAAUUAAAUAUAACAAUAUUGUAAAGCGCAAUCGAAUAUAUGGGAUGAGCACUAAUCCGACUCUACCACCCAUAAAAGAAAGACACUAGAGGUGGUCACUAGCAAAGAUUCAGAUAAGUCUCUUAAGGCUCCUCCUAAAGGCUCGCGCUUAAACAGGUACUUCACACACAUUCAUUGCCAAAGGGUAGUGCAGUUUAUUAAUGACCAAUUUUUCUUCCAGUUCCUCUUGGUUCCAUUCCUGAGCUCCCAGCAGAAACGUGUAAAGAGAUCAAAGCAAGUGAAGGAGAAGCCAUAAGCAAGAAAUACUGGAUGAGUAUCAUUAAACCUGGUUUCACUGUUCUCGCCCAUUGCGAUAUGAAGUCCGAAGGUAAGUAAGCUGAAAACUUCUUAUCAAACAAGACGUUCAGUUCCUUAUUGGCAGAAAAAUAUUCCUGUUUAAUUCAGGUGUUUUCCGUAAAUACCUCACACCAAUAAAUAAACUUAAGGCAAUCAAAUAUGUAGUAAUUUUCAAGACACUUUCCCAUCAAGCCUUGCCUUUGCUGGCUGGGUAGCAGGAAAGGUUUAUCAAGGAAUAACAAGUUGAUGGUCAUUAACUACAAUCUAUAAUAAUACUGUAUUAACUUUAGAGGUUUGCUUUGCAUUUGAGAAGCUCAAGAGGCUUGGGGUGCAUAUAUCAUUUGGCUGUUCCUUGUUUUUGCUCAGAUGUUGACGAAUGCACGGCUUCUUCUCCCGUCUGCGACGUCAAUGCCCAGUGUACGAACACUCGUGGAUCCUUUACCUGUACAUGCAAGCUUGGCUUCUCUGGUGAUGGAAAAACAUGCAAAGGUUUGUGCUUGUAGGAGACUCGUAAGAAAACCAUCAAAUGUCAAGCGCCUAGAAAGAAUACUGCUUCCCUGUUUAUACAACAUAGAUCGGCUUUCGUAGAUCCUUCCCACAAUCCUAUGAAAAAAGUACCAAAUUCUACGCCUGGGCGAGUUAACUGGUCAUCAUAGCGAUUUUUAUGAAAUUGUAUCGCCAAGGCUCUACCUCGUUUCAUUGUAGAUAGAUAGAUAGAUAGAUAGAUAGAUAGAUAGAUAGAUAGAUAGAUAGAUAGAUAGAUAGAUAGAUAGAUAGAUAGAUAGAUAGAUAGAUAGAUAGAUAGAUAGAUAGAUAGAUUGAUAGAUAGAUAGAUAGAUAGAUAGAUAGAUAGAUAGAUAGAUAGAUAGAUAGAUAGAUAGAUAGAUAGAUAGAUAGAUAGAUAGGUAAUAGAUAGAUAAUCUUUAUUUAUCAACGGUCAACUCAUCAGCCAAAAAAUUACAGUUCAAAUAAGAAAACAUUAUAAACUAUCCACAUUAUAAAAAAUAUUAAUUAAAAUAAAAAGCUGCCUUUCCACGAAUGCCGGUCCCUAGAGUACUUGUUUAAGAAGAUAUUUGAAUUUCGUAAGGGACUCUGCUUUCCUCACAUUCCACGAGAGUUUGUUCCAUAUGUGGCGCCACUUUAGCUAAAGCUAUUUUUGUAAUAAUUUGUCCGUGGUAAAGGGAGGCAGAGUUUAUUCUCAGACUCUCUAGGGUUAUAUGCCGUUGUGUUUCCUUGAUGGAGAGGAAUGCGGUAAAGAUCUCAUGAUGAAGGGACAACGUACAACUUGAUAGUCAUAAACUACGUUAAGAUUAAGUUACAGGUUUGCUUUGCAAUCAAGAAGCUCAGUAAGCUAGUGUUCCUUGUUUCAUUUGGCUUUUAUUUUCUUUGCUCAGAUAUUGACGAGUGCAAAGCUUCUUCUCCCGUCUGUGACGUCAAUGCCCUGUGUUCGAACACUCGUGGAUCCUUUAGCUGUGCAUGCAAGCUUGGUUUCUCCGGUGAUGGAAAAACCUGCCAAGGUUUGUGAGUGAAAACAAAAUACGAACAUGAAGAAAGAAGGGUAUUAUGCGGGCCAUAUUAUUUUUGAGAUAUGUAAGAGUUCCAGCAUGUUAUCAUCAGAGUAGGCCCACUCUAAACCUGCACUAUGUUCUUAAAGCAACAGGCUUUCCCCCGUAGACGUAGUUGUUCUCUCAAAAGCAGCAACAAACUCGGUAAUUAACAUGGCAAUAAAUCCAAAUACUUUCACUCAUUAGACAAAUCAUUUAUGUACAAUUCCUCAGUCGCUGUGUUUAAUUUUAAGAAAAUGAAUCAGUUUACAGGUUCAUUUUGCCAUUUUAAGCAGCAAUGUGUCAAAUAUUGAGUUGCUGUUCCUUUUUUCAUAGGGUAUACCGUCUUCACCGUAUUAUAAUUUCCCUAGAUAUUAUAAAAUCCUUUGAUUUUAAUCGUAAACUGACAUCAACGAGUGCAGUAAUAUCCCAUCCGCUUGUUAAAACAGGCCCCUGUAGCACCUGGACUAGAAACCUUAAGGUCAUACGUUCAACUCCUAUUGGGAGUAUUCGAACGUUUUCUUCCGAGCCGCGUGUGUCAAUGACUGACAAAAACCCCUUUCUCAUGUAUUCACCAGCCUUAAAAUUCUCCAUCACAUUUCUACCUUUGACGGCCCUUGUAUAUCGGCGCGUAGACCGUCCCCCGCAUUCUUGAGAACGAACACACCAACUUAAGCAGACAUGGCACAGUGAUUUGUGUGAAACUAUCCACUUUGCAAGCCUCGGCCUCGUUUAAUUGUGUUUAUUAAGCUUGUUUCAGUUGGCUGUUUCGCUUUUUUGGCACAGAUGUUAACGAAUGCACAGCUUCUUCUCCCGUCUGUGAUGUCAAUGCCCAGUGUACGAACACUCGUGGAUCCUAUACCUGUGCAUGCAAGCGUGGCUUUUCUGGAGAUGGAAAAACAUGCAAAGGUUUGUGUUUAGACUUUCACGGCCCUUGUUUUUCGGCACAUAGACCGUCCCCGGGACGCAUUCUUGUGAACAAACACACCAACUAGAGCAGAUAUAGUACGGUGAUUUGUGAGAAACUAUCCACUUUGCAAGCCUUGGCCUCGUUUAAUUGUGCUUCCCAGUUGUAGUGACUACGCUUAGUUUUAUAUUAAGCUUGUUUCAGUUAGCUGUUUCGCUUUUUUGGCACAGAUGUUGACGAAUGCAGAGCUUCUUCUCCCGUCUGUGAUGUCAAUGCCCAGUGUACGAACACUCGUGGAUCCUAUAGCUGUGCAUGCAAGCGUGGCUUUUCUGGUGAUGGAAAAACAUGCAAAGGUUUGUUUUUAGACUUUGAUGGCCCUUGUUGAUCGGCACGUAGACCGUCCCCCGCAUUCUUGUGAACGAACACACCAACUUGAGCAGAUAUAGCACAGUGAUUUGUGUGAAACUAUCCACUUUGCAAGCCUCGGCCUCGCUUAAUUGUGUUUGCCAGCUGUAGUGACUACGCUUAGUUAUUAUAUUAAGCUUAUUUCAGUUGGCUGUUUCGCUUUUUUGGCACAGAUGUUAACGAAUGCACAGCUUCUUCUCCCGUCUGUGAUGUCAAUGCCCAGUGUACGAACACUCGUGGAUCCUAUACCUGUGCAUGCAAGCGUGGCUUUUCUGGUGAUGGAAAAACAUGCAAAGGUUUGUGUUUAGACUUUGACAGCUCUUGUUUAUCGGCACGUAGACCGUCCCCCGCUUUCUUGUGAACGAACAAACCAACUUGAGCAGACGUAGCACAGUGAUUUUUGUGAAACUAACCACUUUGCAAGCCUUGGCCUUGUUUAAUUGUGUUGCCAGCUGUAGUGACUACGCUUGGUUAUUAUUUUAAGCUUGUUUCAGUUGGCUGUUUCGCUUUUUUGGCACAGAUGUUGAUGAAUGCAGAGCUUCUUCUCCCGUCUGUGAUGUCAAUGCCCAGUGUACGAACACUCGUGGAUCCUACAGCUGUGCAUGCAAGGGUGGCUUUUCUGGUGAUGGAAAAACAUGCAAAGGUUUGUGUUUCGACUUUUACGACCAUCAUCAAGCAUCAAGCACCGUGAAAGAAUACUCAUUCUCUGUUUAUAUAACAUAGAUCUUUCCCAAAUUUCUAUAAAGAAAUGUAAAGGUUUGUGAGAUCCUUAAACGACCGUAAGAGAGGAUGGCAUCAUGGGUGUUGUAAGAAAUUUAAAACCAAGCAUAUUAUCAUCGAGACCCACUUCACAACUGUACUAUCGUAGUGCAAACGAGCCUUUUACCAUUAUCUUUGUACACGAAUGCUAUUUUAUCUAAAAGCAUAAAUGCACUGAGUGUGAAAUGAAGUGCAUAUACUUUCAAGACAUAUCUUCACUUAAAUGAAACAACUUACUCAAAGUCGUUGUGUUUUGUUCAUUUUUACAGACAUGACUUCCACAGGUUCAAUAUUGUUUCAAGUUAUUGUCUUGCUUUAGUUAGCGUGUAUCUUCUAUACUGUACUGUUUCUUCCUGUAUAAAGGCAUCUUUUUGUCCAAUCGUGGAUAUCAAUGAGUGCAGCGCUCUCCCCUCCGUUUGUGAUGUGAAUACUAACUGCCAGAACAAAGUAGGCUCUUAUCUCUGUACGCGCAAACCUGGUUUUGUUGGAAACAAGAAAACGUGCCAGGGUAUCUGCAAAUUUUACUUCAAAUUGCACGAGGCUUUUACGGUAACGUUGCAAGUGGUCUAUUAUUUAAAAAGUACUAAGAUCUUUGACAACGAAAACAAGGAAAUAGAAAAUGUCGGACGUUUCGGCCAUAUGAAAAGGGCAUAGAUGCUCGUCUUCUCUCUUGGAGGGGGUUGUCGUAAAUUACAUAAUUUUCGGAGUUUAGGACAAAUCACGCCAAAUUUUGACAAAUUGCGUUAUUUACAAGCAAACGGGGAAGAAAGAAAAAGGAAAAUUAAAAUACAACAAAUUUAACGCAGUUAAAAGUAUCUAUAGCUUCUAUUUGGCUGCCUAUUUUAACAAGGUAAAUUUUAACGUUUAGAUUCAGCAACUGGGCCACACCCAUAUUGGUUUCCUUUUGAGAUGUUUUAAUUUUGUUCCAUUCCAUAUGAUUUCCCUCCCUGUUAAAGGAUUAUGGUUUCUUGUAGGCACAGUCGAACCUCCACUAACGGCCACCUCUCAGCAACAGCCACUUUUUUUGUCCAGACGGACAGUCCGGUCCAUACAUUGACUCUUAUGGAAACCUCCCUAUAAUGGCCACCUCUCCACAAGGGAAACGGCCUCUAAAACGUGUCCCCAAGUGCGAAAAUAAUCUCUCGACAACGGCCAGUUUUUUCAGCGACUGAUGAAAAAGUCAAAAACGGUCAUGAAAUUUGAUCCGUAUGACGUAUUGAUGAUAAACCGUGGCAAUCGUAUUUUGAUUUUGUUUCACUGAUUUUUACUGCUGCAGUAAGCAUAAAUUGUCUAAGAAAAAAGCGGAUGUUGCGAACCUUUCUCGUUUUGUCCUGUUAACAUUUUGAUUUAAAACAUAAUUCAAGAUUUUUGCGUAUUUUAUCUCUAUAUAUUAUUUAUGACUAGAUUAUUAUCAUUAUGGGGGACAGCAAGCAUGAAUGUAGGAAAAUAGACAUGUUGUACUCUCUUAAAAAAUUGUCAUUUUACAUCCCUCUACGCAUCGGUCACUUUCUCCUGACCCCAAGGUGGCCGUUGUGGAGGGGUUCGACUGUCCAUUCAAAUUGAUUUAGUUACUGAUCGGAUAGCACAACGUCCAUUGCCUUAAUUUCUAUGCCUAAUUCAAAACAAACCAUUUAUAUAACUGGUACUGAUGGUAAGAAACUUUGUUCUGCAGUCUCAAAAUCAUGCAGCCAGAUAAAGAGAAUCGAUAGCAAAGCAACUGAUGGAAUUUACAGAGUUACGCCAUCUUCCUCAACUUUCCAGGUACGUUUUUAGUUUUACACAUUUAUUUAAUGAAACUGCAGCAAGGGCGAUUUAUUCUCUUGGUUUAUGGCUUGCCAGUGAUCUCUUCAUUUCACCCGGUGAUGACAGUGGACUAAUUAUAGGGAGGAUGAGCUUAAAGGGCAACAAAUUAUGAUUGGAAAUUCGCGGUCCUACACUGCAGAGGUCAAUUUGUAAUGGCUUGAACGCGACAAAUAUUAACAGCUGAUCAAAAUUAUGAACCCGUAAAGAUGAUACCUAAUGCAUGUGUGGGUAAACGUUUGUUACCUUUGGAAAUUUAAAGUUCUCUUCUAAAAAGGACUAGAUUAUCGCGAGCUUCUCGUACAGACGCAUUCCAACAAGGUUCAAAAUAAGGGUUUUUAUUAAAAGAAUUAUCAAUGCGCUUACAAUUGUAAAUUUAAUCUGAAUGGAAAAAAAAUAAAGUGUUCAAACGUUUCUUAAAAGUGUAUGCAGAUUCAGAGUAUUUGAUAUGAUGAAGUAAACUUUUCCAGAUAUUCGGUGCAUAAGCGAUAUCCAUAAGUCUAGGAAAUCUAACAGAAGCGGAACUUGCAAGAAGUGAAGACAAAUAGAGAGGAGUCAAAUCACAUACAAUUUUGACAUCGAUGUUUGCAAUAAUAGUAAGCCAGUACAAGUUUUUCAUGACAGGAGUUAUAUGGUCGGUUCUUUUUAUUCGUUAAAUCAAGGGUGCGGCACAGUUCUCAACACGUUGCAGCUUAUCUAUUUCUCGGCUUGCUAGGCCACUGUAUAAGCUGUUACAAUAAUCCAAGAGCGACUUUGAACAUCAUCUUAAGGUGCCUCUUGCUCAGAUACUUCCUUAAUCAUUCAAUAAAUCGAAUCGGCAGCAUAGCCUUUUUGCGCAUUUCAUUAAUAUGAUGACGACCAUUGAGCUCUCUAUCUACGUUUACACCAAGAUUACAAACUCGGUCUGAUGGUUGUACUCCAGCGUUGCCAAUCGAAAAAUCACUAAGAACUGGGUUCUUGACGAAUGAGAACUAAACUUAAUGACCUCUGUUUUACUAGGAUUGCACGCUAACUUAUUGAUGGUGUUCCAUUCUAUAACUUAAUAACUAAUACACUUCUGAAGGGUGCUUACGGCCAGACGUUGAUCAAUUAAGAGGAUCAAUAUCAAUGUAAAGUUGAGAAUCAUUUGAAUAGAACAUACAGUCUAGGUUAUGAGCAGAGAUCUUGUCCUGAAUAUCUGCUGUAUAAAGCGUGAUCAAGAGAGGUCCUAGUAUCAACCCUAGCGGAACUCCGAAUUCUAGUAUUCUUUGUGUUACCAAUAAUAACAGAUUGUGUCCGAUCGCGAAGAACAAAAAAAAAACAUUAAAAACCAUUUUAGCACCGUGUGGUAAAAACCAAAAUAACCAUGACUCUGUCUACCAACAAGUAUAGUAUGGUCUACGGUGUCAAAUGCGGCUGACAGAGCAAGCAUGGUGUUUACGGUAGGCGGAUUGCAUAGAAUGCAUUAACUGAUUUUUCUCCGAAUAUCAAUGUGUUUGAACCGCGACAACCUUCCGAUGACUUUUGAUAGGAAAGGUAUAUUGGCUAUAGGUCUGUAAUUUGUAAAACAUCCUUGUCAUUUUUCUUGGCGAAAACCCUUUAAGCAUGACUCAAUUGUUUCUUCAGAAAUCCCUCUUGUAAUAAAUAGUAGCCACAUCGCCAACAUACACUUAAAUAAUAACAGGAUGAGACCUAAACGUUCUCUGGGAAGAGCUAAAAAUACUCCUUGCUUCUCUUGGAAAAAAAAUUAAUUGGAAUGCUAAGUUAGCGUAUUCCCAAAAAUCGUUUAAGCCUCAUUGUUCAUGGUUAAUGACGUUAAUCCUAUUUUAGUGUCAAAGUUUCUUCAAUCAGGCGUAUAUCUCAAUAUUAUGUAAAAGUAACACUAAAAUGUUAAUCGUACCCACCAUUUCUUUGCCACUCCCUUUUAUCUUUGGAAGGCAUCUGCACGAGAAGCUCGCGUUAAUGUAACCCUUUUUAGAAGAGAACUUUAAAUUUCCAAAGGUAACAAACGUUUACCCACAUAUACAUUAGGUAUCAUCUUUACGGGUUUAUAAUUUUAAUCAGCUAUUAAUAUUUGUAGCAUUCAAGCCAUUACAAAUUUACCUCUGCGGUGUUGGACAUUGCCUUGCUCUGUUGAAUAGUUGCGUGUGUGCUACAAGAAUAAUUAUCUAUGUUUUGUGAUUCUUAAAUUUGUAGUGAUUUGUAAUCAAAUGGUGACGGAAGGCCAGGAAGUUAUUAGAAUUUUUGGACGAAACGGGCGUGAAAUUAUUCUCUUAUUUCACGAGUAAACUAUUUGAUUACUUUAAUAACUCCGCUCUUUUCCUGUUGCCAUAUAUUGUAGACUCGUGUAUCGUUUCUUUCAGGUAUACUGUGAUAUGACUUCCUCUGGACAAGGCUGGACACUCCUCGCUCGGUUCUCUAACAGAGACGCCAAAAACUGGAUGAGUGAUUCUGGGUUUUGGUGGUAUGACAGAAGAACAAGUUAUGGAAGGACGACUGAUCCAUCAUACAAUGCUGACAUGAUCGCUCCCGCAUUCUGGACGGUCGGAGGUAACGAGUUGAAAAUCACGCGCAGUAAUGACCGCCAGCACAUCGCUCUCUUGCAAACGAUAAGAAACUGUCUAGGUGGAAGGACAUUUCGAUCGAAAAUCACAGCGUUUGGUAACUUUAGGAAAGGUGCCAUUUGGGCAAGUAACCGAUGUCUGGGUCAUUGUACUAUUCAGUAUGGCGGUCAGUACGCAACAACUGGAGGCUUCAAACAGGCAACAUGCAAAGGAAACAUCCAAGGUGCUAAUGCAAUCGGUUUCUGGUGUGACUGGAGCACGGGUGAUGGAGCGGUGAUGAUGAUUGGCGGAGGAGGCAAGACCUGUUCACGUGCUGACCACGGAAUUGGAAUAACAGAAGCUAACGCGGCAUCUUUUGAUGAUGCUGGAACCGAAGAAUGCGAUUUUGGGGAUGAGGCUAACUCGGCACAAGAUAAAACAUACUCUUUAAACCUUUGGGUACGUUAAUCAAAGCGUACGGUCUUCGUUUUGCUUGUGCUAUUUCUAUUCACAAAAUUUAAAAUUGUCCAUUUUGAGUGAUGAUCUUGAAGAUGACUUAAUCAUCGAUUAGAAGUUUUUAAUUAGCAUUUUCGUUAAAUAUUAUAUCUUCAUCGUGAUUUACGCACAGCCAACUUUAGCAGAACAUUUUACGAUAGCAUUCUUAAACUUUAUGCUAUUUUGAAUAACUUUAUAGAACUCCCAAUCCUGACUGGCACAGAAUAAAAUCCAUUAGCUUUGUUAUUUGGUAGUGC